GCUGUAGGUUUCUCAUCAAUCCGCUAGAUGGCAGUAGUGUGUUACGAUUCCAGCAGAUGGAAGCUGCGCGAGACCUGGCAGAACAGAAGAAGAAAAAAGAGGGAGGGCGGCGGAGUGCUGUCAUGGCGGCCAAGGUGGUGAAGGUGGCCGUCCCGACGGUGCUGGGAAUCGCUUCCAUUCGCGUGUACACGGUGAACGGAGAGCCCGCCGAUGGGCUGGUGUCUCGGUCAAAGUUGAACAUCUACACCCCCCUGCCAGACUCCGCUCCAGCUACUUUUGUUGCAGAGAGUCCAGGACUGAUAGAGAGGGGCGUCACCGUAACCAGAGAGAGCGUCGUGCCGCUGGUCCAGGCUGUAAAGGAUGCCUGUGUGUUUGUGAAAAACGGAAGCGUGAAUAUCUACCACGGAGGAGAAGAUGUGUACUACUACUUGAUAGACCCUCCUCCAGGGUUUCUACCCAGGUUUGGAACCAUCACCAUGGCCGGUCUGCUCGGCAUGUUCCUGGCUCGGAAAGGCUCUCGUUUUAAGAGGUUAGCUGUUCCUCUGGGCUUGAUGAGCGCCGCAGCGUCGGUGUGCUACCCCGCCCAAGCCGUGACAGCGCUCAAGGUGACGGGAAGGAAGGUGUACGCCGCGGGGCGGUGGAGCAGCGCCGCCGCGUCCUCGCUGCUCGCCUCCAAGAAGCCGGUUUCCACGGAGAUCCUCGCUCCGCAGCCACAGGCAGCUACAGAACCAAACCCAUCUUCAUCCCAGAGUCCUGCCGUCACCGACGUGUCUCCUCCUGCCCCCGAUGAGCCCGUCGCUCCCGUCACGACAGAGGAGGAACCGUCAGAAAUAUCCACCCAUCAGCCCCCAACAGAGCCCAGCUCAGCUUCUUUAGGGGAUUCUUUACCUGAAGAGACGCAACCCUCUCCUCCCACUGAUGAAUCGGCAGCUCCUGCGAGAAGCGAGGAGGGAAAACAAGUUUCCGUCGAAUCAUCGGUGGAGUCCACAGGUUCCUCACAAACUGAGAAUGCUCCAGUUGAGUCUUCCAUAGAAACCUCUGCAGAUGACGAGUCCACACCUCCUCCUGCAGUCACACCUUCAGAUGUGCCAUCAGAACCUGGCGUUGAUUCAUCCGAGCCUGUAGCCGAGUUAGAGCCGCAGCAGUCACCCGCUCAGCAGCCGGCCACAGAAAACAGCACAGAGGGCUCCAGUUUCAAGCCAGACCCGGCUCUCAUGGACUUCGGCCAGUCCAGCCCGGAAGAUGAAGACCUGUACAGCACGCGCAGCUGAGGAGAGACACGACUGCUGAGCACCGGGACUCCUAAACGUCCCGUUAUCUGGCGUUCUGCCCACGCUGGUUGCAUUUGUGCAGGAAGCAUCCACAUGUAGCAGCAGCUGCAUCAAAGCGUCGGCGCUCUUACAGGAAAGAAACGUCAGAAAUCACUGAUAGAUUCACUUUCAGUUUGUGUUUCAUGCCGUUUACAUGUGCAAGUCAUUCAUUUAAUAUCAGCGGAAAAUUCAGCUCAUAAACUCUAAAAGACGGAAUAGUGCUGCUGCUUUUUGUCAUGGAUGUAAUUAUUAUCUUCCUCUGUGAUCUGAGGAACUCCAAGUAAAUCUCUAUUUUUGUUGAAUUUAUAUCGGGACUUUUCCACUGUGGAGUCAAAUACAACACAUUUCUACAGACCCAUUUCCUGAAUCCUUAAAUAAACCACAAAUACAGAUUUAAAAUGUACUUUUGCUUUUAGGAAUGAAGAAUGAUCUCCAGUUUGUCAAUAAAAGAGUGGAAAAAUGA